AUGGCAAUCGGCAGACCUCGCAUACCUGGCACUGAGGCGGAAAGAGCAGAGGCACGGAGGAGCAAAGUUCGCGCCAAUGUUCAGGCAUUUAGAAGGCGCCAGAAAGAGAAGCAAAUCGCAGAGCAGGCAUGCCGGUUGCAGGCCAGGGAAGAUAGCGUGGCCCAAAAGCACAAAUCCCUUGCCUGCCAUCAGCCAACUAUCGACGCCAACGCCUACAGCUGUCCGAAGGCCUGCGAUGCUUCUUUGUUUCCUGUAGAAGAUGCUGAAUUCUGGUUGUGGGCCAUUCCCUCGGAAAUGGGUGCAAGGCUUGUGGGUUCGAUUUACCAUGUCGCAUUCGUCCAGGAUCUCAAGAAUAGGUUCGUAACACUUCGAACGCUGCGAGAGCGAGCAAACAACAGAGCUGGACAACGUCUGUCAAUAUGCUGUUCAACAUGGGUCACAACUGUAACCCUCGAAAUGGACAGGCCUGAAACCGAAGUCUUGAUGGAAGCUCUCUUAGCUGCCUCUCUGGCCAAGGUUGGCAAAGAUCGCAGUGAACCAGAUAUGGUCCUGCAGGGAGCCUAUAUGCAGACCCGCGCAUUGCAAAGGCUGCGAUGUUCGCUGAAGGGAUAUCAAGAGGGUGAUAGAGAAAUUUCGCCCACAGUAUUAUCUUCCACAGCCCUGAUCUGUGCCAUGUCGGAGCUGAUAGCCAACAAGUCCUGGGACAACUUUAACUGUCAUUUGCUGGGAGUGGGGGCAUUGAUAUUCCAUGGUGGCACCGAAGGUCUGACCCAGCAGUCAUCCCAGGAACAUUUUUACGGAUAUCGUGCACUGCAAACACCGUUUUUGUUCAUGAGUCGGCAGCAGACGUUCCUGUCCGAGCCACAAUGGAUUGACUUCCCAUGGAAAGAAGGGGUGGAGCUCGCUCGACAACCCCUGCACUCGAUGCUCGAUAUUGCCCUCAAGGUCUUACCAGAGAUUGUCAAGCAGGAAUCGGCCAAAAGUUGGAGCCUGUCCUGCCUCAAAGCGAGAUAUGAAACGGCGUUCGCGAUAGUGGAGGAAUUGAAUGGCUGGGAGCGUCAGUUGCAAUCACAACAAGAGCGUUCUCUAUACACCAAAGUCAUGGCCAGUUGGGGAGGUGUGUUCCAGCGUCGCCUCCACUUUCCCAACUCUUCGAUUGCCCUUGCAUUUGCCAUGUACACGGCCGUCAGAGUACACGUGGCGAUGCUUGUCACCAACAUCUCGGAAGAAAUGGCUUCCCAUGCGUCCACAACCGAUAUGGACAGAAGCUCAGCUGCGCUGGAGGCAUUGCGGUGGGCACGGCUUGCCUGCCAAAGCCUUGAGUACUUCCACACUAGUGAGUCAAAGGUUUCUGGGCUGAUAGAUACCCUGUGGCCACUUGAGAGCGCCUGGGAGCUCUUUUCAAAGCUGGAGGGAGAAGGGUUCGUCGACGUCUCGCAAGAGAUUGUAUGGUGUCGAUCUGCAGCUGAACAAUACGUAAAGCUCGGGAUUCCUCCUUUCAGAUGGCGAUAA